AUGAGAGCGAACGGAAUUAGACAUCAGAGGACACCUCCGUACCACCCUGCUUCGAAUGGGCAAGCAGAAUGGUUCGUACAGGAGGUCAAGAAGUCUCUGAAGACAAGGCCACAAGGUCGGUCAAUUAGUCAUCAGAUUUUGUUACUCUUGUUGAAAUAUCGAACAACCCCAAACACUACUACUGGGAAGACACCAUCAGAACUACUGAUGAAACGUGAGCUGAGAACACGGUUGUCAUUAGUACGACCAGAGAGAGGACGACAGAUUCGAGACAGACAAGGGGAGAGAUAUGAAGCAACAAAAUAUGUUAGAAGUCUCAACCCAGGAGACACGGUUGAAGUCCUCAAUACACGUCAAGAUGGCCGAGGGAAAUGA